AUGCCUCCUACGGCCCCAACAAUAAUCCUUCUUGGAACAUGCGAUACCAAGCUGGGCGAGCUGCUAUACACAAAGGCGCAGAUCCAAAGACAUUCGCCCUGCCACGCCUACAUAAUGGAUAUCGGCCACAACCCAGUCUCGCAUCCUGACAUCAUGUUUUCACAAGAAAUCUACAUCUCCCAUUCCGCGUCUCUACCCGGCCCAACAGUGGAAAUCAAGGACCUCGAUCGAACAGAAUACAUUGACGCUCUGGCACCGUACGCCAGCGCCAUGGUCUCAACCUUGUACUCAGAAAACAAAAUCCAUGGUGUUCUGGGAUUAGGCGGGUCCUGCGGUACAGCACUCGCUGCCAGGAUCAUGCGUGAUGCACUACCAGUCGGAUUCCCGAAAUUAAUUGUGUCAACCAUGGCGUCUGGGGACGUGAGCCCGUAUAUCGGCGAGACCGAUAUCACGAUGAUGUAUAGUGUCGUGGAUAUUGCGGGGCGCAACCGCUUGCUGGAGCGGGUCUUAAUGAAUGCGGCGGGCGCCAUUGCGGGGAUGGCUAAGGGCUGCUUUGAGGAUCAGGCGUCAACAUCGACAUCGACGGCUGCUGCGCCAACGAAGGAGGAUGGGCCUCGCAUUGGAAUCACCAUGUUCGGGGUGACGACGCCUGCGGCGACGAAGGCGCGCGAACACCUCGAAGCGAUCCUGCCUAGUUGUGAGGUGUACAUUUUCCAUGCUACGGGGUCCGGCGGACGGGCCAUGGAACGAUUGAUAUCCGAAGGACAGCUCGAUGCCGUUCUCGACCUGACGACCACGGAAAUCGCAGACGAGGUCGUCGGGGGGGUCCUCAGUGCGGGCCCGACGAGGUUAUGCGCCGCGACCAGACGGAAUAUUCCUCGAGUCGUGAGCGUGGGUGCGUGCGAUAUGGUCAAUUUUGGGACUGCCGAUUCCAUCCCUGCGGCUUUUGCAAGUGCUACUGGGCAACAUGAGAGACUGUUUCAUCAGCAUAAUCCGACGGUGACGUUGAUGCGCACUAAGGAGGAGGAGUGCAUUCGAAUCGCGAGGCUGAUUGCGGAGAAUCUGCUUGGUGGGAAUGCGGCGGGAGAACGGGAUGCUACUAGUCGCACCAGAGUCAUACUGCCUACUGGUGGUGUGAGCCUGCUGGACACCCCAGAGCAGCCAUUCUGGGGCCCGGCAGCGGAUGAGGCGCUCUUUUUCACGUUGGAGGAUAGGUUGCGGGGCAGUGGGAUAUCCGUCACUCGCGAUAGUCACGAUAUCAACGAUCCUCGAUUUGCGAUUGCUGCCGCUGAUAUGCUCAUUCAUCUAAUCAAUGGGCACUGA